AUGGAAUUUUUGAAAGCAACUGGAAUCCUCAACGUCCAUGCUGUGCGACGGAGCGGCCACCCUGUGAGAAUAAACGGCGGUCGUCUACCAAAACAGUUCUCCUGUGCACAUCUCGCUGCGAGUGCUCGCCGUGCAGGAGGACAAAGACGACUCUACAAGGACGCUUUGAAGAACUCUCUGAAGCGACUGCAGAUCAACCCGGACACCCGCGAGAACCUCGCCCAGCGCAGAUCGGCCUGGAGAAGAGAAGUGAAUAUUGGUGCAGCCAUCUACGACGCAAACAGUAUCGCCGCCGCCAAAGCCAAAAGGGCUGCUCGUAAGACUCAGGCGCCGCCCAUUCGUAACAUCUCUAUCUCGACCCCACACAACGUGCCCGCGCCGUCAUCGAGCAUUACGCGGGCGAAUCGACCUCGUCAUUCAUCUUCCAGCUCAAUGCACCAACCACCCGACGACCGCAACCGUUGCCUCCACUAUGGCCCCUGUUCCAACAUCCAUGUCGACCACGCUAACAUCCGCCCUCUGCCACUAGCACGUAAGUUAGUCAGUUAA